AAACUUGACAUCGUGAUUGGCAACAUUCCCAUCAAUUCGGAAAUGCGUCAUCAAUUUUCAGUAGUGAGCAACUUUAUGUUCUUCACAGACUCCUUUCUUUAUAACAACGCUACCUCAACGUCUCCCAGCUACUUCUUUCACUUCCUGCAGCCGCUAACCUGGCAGGUCUGGCUGGCGGUGGUCCUGAUCGCAUUUGGAGUCGGCCUCUUUCUUGCUAUUCUACACUUUAUCAGCCCAAACCAGGUCAACUAUGGGCUUUACGAAUCCUUAUUCGUCAGCUUUGGUAACCUUUUUCAUGGACUCACAGUCACCCCACCGGACAGAAUCGCUGGACGCAUCCUAAUAGCUUUCUGGUGGUUGUUCAUUCUUCUCUUCACCGCUAUAUACAUCGCAAACUACGGAGCUUUGCAAACAAGCAAACGUCUCAACCAGGGUCUUGCCACUUUCAACGUAAGUCUACGACGAAUACAUAAAUUUGGCACCUGCUCUACUUUCUCUCUCUCUCUCUUUCUCUCCCUUCAUGACUCAUACAAUGCACUCGUUGGUCCAUCUGUUUUUGCGGCAAGAUAG